CGUUCUGACACAUAUAUAAUAUUUUUUCAAUUAUUUGUGUAACCCAAGUACAACUACCGACAUUAUUUUUCACACCAUCAUUCAUUUGUUUUUCUGAACCAUUCGUGUGAUAAGAUAACGAUUCGUGAAAAAAAUAAUAAUAAAAAACAAGAAAAAUUCUGACGUGAUUUUAAAAUGGUGCAACAACCAUGAGAGCGAACUAAAGGCGAUUGCUUUUUGGCAUUUGAAUGUUGUACGUUUGGAAAAGUGGCUCUAUAAUUGCUAGAAUAGUGAAUGCGCCUAACCACAUGCACAUGGUUGAUGGCGACAUUUUCUGUACAAACAACAGGAAAUGCAACAGACCCAGCGCUUUAUACAUUCGGUAUCUGAUUUAUAUAUAACAGAUGAAAUAGAUCUGUUACUCGAGGAAAUCAAGGACUUCGAACCGGCCUGCUACCAGAUAGAAGACCUACAGGAUUUCGAUAUAGCUGGCAGCAGAGCCGAUGAACUAUCUCUACCAAUUGAAUUAGAAUCACCAAUAGGUACCAUCACAUCAUGGGACUCGCACAUCAAUUAUAGAAAUCACAUGAAUCACACGCCACCAUGGGGUGUCGCAUUGCAUUGCAAUGCCAAACAUUUUAAAUCACGUACAGGGAUCGUUAGAAUAUUAUUAGUGUUAUCAUCAGCGGUGUGUUUAUUAACUGAAUGCUCUGCUGGUACUGUGCAAGUUGGAUUAUUUUUACUGCCAUUACUAGGACGAUUACGAUUGAUGAUGUUUUCCGCACUAAUUUCAAUACUUCUUACCUGUUCUCUCAUAUUCUUAGAUGUAUCAGCUAUUGCACUUAUGUUUCCAUUUAAUUGGGGUAAAGUGAACACGUAUAUAUACUUUUGUGUUGGUAUGCUGUUCCUAAUCUCGUCCACAUUAAUAUUGCACACGGUUUUAUUCGCCGAAGAAUUCGUUUGGGUGCCGAAAUACACAAAAGACACGCUAUUUGUUUCAGCGAUGAUUGGUUAUGUGUGCGCCUUUGAGGCCAUAGCAUUAACUCUAAUGGAAUUUUGCGCAAGUAGCAUAUAUCGUCAAGUACCUAAUGAAGAUGAAGCAGAUCUUGUGUCAGGAAAAUGUCGUGAAAUGAGUCCAAUCACACACACAAAUCAUCACGAGUAUCCCAUUCAUAUUGGCGCAAAUGAUAAUGGCUAUGCGUACAAUAAUCAUGUCAAUUGUACAAUAUCAUCACCAGAGUGCAAUCAAAAGCCUUAUAUACCACAAAAACGUCCUGACAAAGCAAAUAAUCGAAGACCGACACUUGGAAAUAUUCAAAACCAAAAUCAUAGACCAAACAAUCGAUACCGGCAAGGCUAUCAUUAUCAUCAAGUUGCAUCUACAACAUCGCAACUAAGUCCCACAUUUGUUUUAGAUCCAAUACCCGGACCAUCUUGUCAAUCCAAUUUUAAUUCAAGUGCGUGAUAAUUUACUAUGUUUUUGAGGAAACUAAAAAUUCAAUGUGUAUAGUUGAAGAAAACGAAAAUGAAGCAUAAAAUUUAAUAUAACAACAAAGAAAGUUUAAAACAAUAACGAUUUAUUAUGUAAUUCAUAUAUAUAGCUUAAUCGAUAUUUAAAAAAAAGUACGGGAAAAAAAGUAUUUAUUUAAAAAAAAUGAAAAUGAAUAAUCAAAUGAUUUAUGCAAAUUUGCAAAGAAAUUUAAAGAAAACAAAACAGAAAAUUACUCAAAUAAAGUAAACGCUAUGUAAACGGUUUCAACAGAUACAUACAGAUUUCCAUGACACGUAUAUUGGUACGAAUCGAGGUGAAUCAUCGAUAAAAUACAGCCGAUUCCGUUUAUUUUGUGGGAGUAAUUUUGUUAAAUGAUGAAAAUUGAAAUAUAGCAGAGAAUCUAGUUUUUCUAGAUUUUUUUCCAUAUGAAUGAAUAUAUAUUAAAACCAAUGUGUGUGAGGUAAACUCUCAAUACUUUUAGCUACGAAAGUUCGUUCGUUCGUUCGUUCGUUCGUUCGUAGGCAAUAAAAAUAACAUUUUCGUUCGUUCGUAGAAAUUUAAAAAUUAA